AUGAAACAAUUCGGAUAAGGUCUAAUUUUGAUUUAUUGGAUGACUCUAAUAUCAAAUUGUAAUGCAGUAUCAAACACUUUAAAUGUUUCAAAUGCAGUUUGUUCUUGUUCUCAACUAUUAAUAGAGUAAGAAUGUAGAUAAAGAAAAUGUUUUUGGAAUAACAAUAAAUGCUCAAUAUUAACAAUAAAUAAUACUAAUUAUUGUGAUUCGUUAAAGAUAGAAGAAUGCAAAAAUAUAGAAGGUUGUGCAAAUGUAUAAGAUAAAUGUGUUUAAUUUUCAGGAUGUAAUGCUUACUAAUAUCCAACAAAUGAGACUUGUUAAAACAUUUCAUUUAAAUGUACAUCAGAUGGAGAAUAAUGUAUCGAAUUAGAUAAGUGUAGUAGUUACAUAAGUUAGGUGAGUUGUAUAAAAGAUGAAGACGGGAAAUUUUGUUAUUGGAAUGCUGAAAAAGGUCUAUGUUCAUUACCAACAACUUGUGAUGUAUUGCCAAUUACAUUGAUAUCAGAUUCCUAAUGUAGAUCAUAAAUUAAUAGUUGCACAAUGAAAUAUGGUGGUGGAUGUGAAACAAGUGGAGAUAAAUGUGAGAAUUAGAAAAUAGAAGGAGCAUGUGUUACAAAUUUAGAUUAAAAAAAGUUAUGUAUUUGGGAUUCAAAUUAAUGCAAAGAUAAAAUAUGUUUAAAUGCAUCUUCUAUUAAUAAUACUAAUGAAUUAUGUUCAACCUUUUUAUCUACAUGUACAGUAAAUGAUACACUUAAUGGAUGCUAAGAUAUACAAGUCUCAUGUACAGCAUAUAAAAUUCAAAAUAAUUGUGUUAUUAAUAGUAUUGGAUAAAAAUGUUAUUGGAAUAAAAAUAAUCUAAAAUGUGAAGAUAAAAAUUGUGAUAAUGCAACUGAUGAUUAUUAAAAUCAUGAUUUAUGUUAAUAAUGGUUAAGUACAUGCACAGUCAAAUCUGGAGGUAUUGGUUGUUAAACUAAAUCUAAUAAUUGUACUUAAUAUACUACACUCAAUUAAUGUAUUAAUAUAUUAAAUGGUGAUGAAUGUUUUUGGUAUGAAUCAAAGUGUUUAUUAAAAUCUUGUGAAAAUGCUCCAUCAUCUAAUAUCAAUGAUCAUAUGUGUUCUACAUUUUUAUCAACAUGCACUGUUUAAAUUGACUUAACAGGUUGUGAAAAAAAAAAAUCUACUUGCUCUCUUUAUAAAAAAUAAGAUCAAUGUGUAUCAUAAUUAAAUGGUAAAUUAUGUAUAUUUCAAAAUGACUUAUGUAUUGAAAGAAUUUGUAGUAAUGCUUCUGAAGAUUUCACAAAUUAAUAACUAUGUAAAACUUUCUCAUCAACUUGUAUGGUUAAAUCAGAUUUCAAAGGAUGUAUUUUACAAGAAUGCUAAAAUAUUUAAACUAAAGAUCAUUGUACAUCAGAUUACUAGAAUAAAUAAUGUUAUUAUGGAUUAUAAUGUUAAUUGAGAACUUGUGCUAAUGCUCCUUCUACAUAUAAAACAGAUGCAGAAUGUAGAUAGUUUUUGAAUAUAUGCACAGUUAACUAAGAACUUUAAGGAUGUAUUGAGAGACCAGAAUCAUGUGAUUAAUUAAAUCAAUAAUAAUGUACUAUGUUAAGUGAUAAUGUAACAAAAUGCAGUUGGAAUGAUGGUGAAAAUGAUAAAGUAUGUAGAGUAUUAAAUUGUUCAGAUAUUACACCAGCAACAUAAACAAAUGAAACUUGUAGUAACUAUGAUUAAUCUUGUACAGUUGCUGAGAAUCCAAGCACUUGUAUGUAAAAACCAUUAGGUUGUUCAUUAAUUGAAAAUAAAGAACAUUGUUUUAGUGUAGUACUAUAAGAUAUGAAAUCAACUUGUAGUUGGGAUAGUGAUUAUUCUUUAUGCAGAGAUCGUUAGUGUUCCGAUGCUGAUUAAAACAUAAAGACAGAUGAUGGUUGUAGAUAAUAUUUAUCAAUUUGCACUCUAAGUUCUACAGGAAAUGGAUGUGCUAAUGAACCUACUACAUGUAAAGGGUACUAAUCAUAAGAUGUUUGUAUAAAAUUAGUUUCUAAUCCUAAUAACAUUGUUUUAUGUGGAUGGAAUGGUUGUGAAAAUAGAAGUUGUUUGAAUGCACCUAUUUUAUAGUCUGGAUCUUUAUACACACACUAAUAAUGCAAUUAAUAUUUAAGUUCAUGCACAAUAAAUUCUAAUUAGACUGGUUGUGUUCCUUAAUUCACAUCAUGUGAUUAAAUUAAUAACUAAUUUUAAUGUAGUGAUACUGUCUUAGAAAAUGGAUCAAGAUGCUAUUAUGAUGUUUCAGCUGAUUCUUAUUUCUGUAGAGAGUUUAAAUGUACUGAUUAAACCUAAUCUUUAAUGACACAUGAAAUAUGUAAUAGUUUAAGUAAACAAUGUACUCUUGGUGAAAAUGGUGUUGGAUGUAUUGAAUUAUUUAGUUCAUGUGCAGAUAUUAAAGAUCUAUAGCAAUGUGAAGGAACUGUGUUGAAUGUCAAUCGUAGUUGUCAUUGGGAUACUACUAGCACAACUCCGAUUUGUAAAGAAAAAGAAUGUAAAUUAAGUAUAAUGAAAGAUUCAGCAGAUUCUUGCGAAAAGUAUUUAGAAACUUGUACUUUAGGGGAUUAAGAUAUAGGUUGCAUUGAUAAACCUAAAUCAUGUAAUGGUUUAAGUCAAAAAAUAUGUAUUAAUGUAAAAUUAAUUGAUGGAACUUAUUGUUCUUUUGAUAGUAAUAUAGUUGAUGAAAAUUUAUAAUGUCAUGCUAGAAUUUGUGCUGAUGCUUCUAGUAAUUAUUAAAAUGAUGCCUAAUGCAGAACAUGGUUACCUAAUUGUACAGUCAAUUCUAAUUAAUCUGGAUGUGUAAAUGAACCUACUGAUUGUAGUUUGAUGUUAUAAUCAUAAUGCAUUAAACAAUUUUAUAAAGGGAUAAAUUGUCACUGGGAUGAAAAAGCUAAUCCUGUCAGUUGUAGACGAAUUUUAUGUACUGAUGCAAGUAUAAAUUAUUACACUAGUGAUGAAUUAUGUAAAUCAUUUAGAUCUGAUUGUACAGUUGCUAAAUCUAAUGGAUGUAUUACAUAACCAAAUUCUUGUGCUUCUUUAGAUUAAAAUCAUUGUCCUAAAGUAACUAUCAAUGCAAUAAAUAAAGAUGCUAGUGAAAAUAGGUGUAGUUGGAACCUUUCAAAAAAAGCAUGUUAAGAUAGAGUUUGUAUUGAUGCACCUCAAGAUUUUGAUUCUGAAGAAAAAUGUAGAAGUUGGCUUAAAACUUGUACACUUGGUAUUACUAAUUAAGGAUGCAUUCUUGAAUAAUCCACUUGCGAUUUAGUAUAAACUUAAAAUUAAUGUUAAGUGUUAUCUAAUGGUACUAAAUGUGGAUGGAAUACAGGUUGUGUUAAUAGAACCUGUUCUAAUGCUCCUGAUAGUUAUAAUUCUGAUGAAUAAUGUAGAGCUUAUCUUUCAACUUGUACUGUUUAAGCAGAUGGAACUGGAUGUACUAUUAGAGCAUCAAAAUGUACUGAUAUUUAAGUUGAUAAAUAAUGUAUAAAAAUUAAUGAUAGUAAAUUAUGCUAAUGGAAUUCAACGAAAUAAAAAUGUGAAGAUAGAACAUGUAAUAACGCUCCAAUCACAUUGAUAAAUCAUGAUAUGUGUAUAUAAUACUUACCUUCUUGCACAGUAAAAGUGAGUGGUAUUGGAUGCUAAACUUUAUUUGAUAAUUGUUCUGCCUAUACAGUAAAUAUAAAUUGUGUAUAAACAUUAAUAAAUACUAGUUGUCAAUGGAUAAUGAUCUCUGAAAUAGGGUAAUGUGUAGAUAUAUUUGAAGCUUGUUCAUCUUACAUAAGUAAAGAGACUUGUACAUUUUAAAAGAAUAAUAAAAAAUGCAUAUGGUGGAAUGGGUCAUGUUAUAACAGAGAAUGUGAAUAUGCACCUAAGUCAUAUUCAACUCAUGAGUAAUGUCAAGAAUUUGGGGAUUGUACAACAAACGGUUAAGGUUGUAUACAUUAUAUAGCAUGUGAUUAAUAUAAAUAUGCAGCAAGUUGUGUAUAAGGAGAUAAUGGAAAGUGUACUCUUGUUAAUCAAUGUUAAAAUAUAAGUUGUGACUUAGCUCCAGUCAAUUAUAAAAGUCAUUCUGAUUGUCAAUCAUUUCUUUCCACAUGUACAACUAAUGGAAAUGGAUGUGUAUAAAUAAAGAGAUGUUAAGAUGUGUAUGUAUAGGAAGGUUGUAAAUUUAAUGCUAAUAAUAAAGAAUGUGCAUGGAUGAAUGGAAUGUGUUAUGAAAAGAGUUGUGAUACGGCAGAUACAUCAAUUCAAUCUGAAAAAGGAUGUAAUGAUUAUUAUCCUGAAGGAAAUUGUACUACUAAAAAAGGAGGAGGAUGUAUUACAAAAGGAAAGUGUAAAGAUGCAUAAGUAGAAUAAGCUUGUAUAUCUUAAUUAGAUGGAUAAAAAUGUUCAUGGUAAAAUGA